AUGCCUGCUCCUCCUCCUCCGCCGCCGCCGCCUCCACCCCCAGGCGGUGGUGGACCGCCUCCUCCCCCGCCUCCCCCUCCUGGGGGAGCUGGGCCGCCGCGACCUCCUGGCGGCGGGAACAGGAAUGCACUGCUCGCCGACAUCUCCAAGGGCAAGGCGCUGAAAAAGGCAGUCACCAAUGACCGUUCGGCGCCCGCUCUAGCCAAGAACAACUCCUCAGCCGGGCCGCCGGUAGGGGGCGCCCCCCCGAUCCCCGGCGGCCUCGCGCCUCCAGUUCCGGGAAACCGUGCCAGGAGCAACAGCGAUCAGGGCUCCGGACAAGCUGUCGCUGCUGCGUCGAUGGACGCGGCGCCGCAGCUGGGCGGAUUGUUCGCCGGCGGCAUGCCGAAACUCAAGAAGCGCAGCGGAGGCGUCGAUACCGGAAGAGCGAAUAACGAUUCUUCGUACCUGUCCGACCCAGGGGAAUCCGCUCAUUCCGCACCGAAACCUCCUGGUGCGUCUGCCCCGAGACCGCCAGCUGCCGCGGCUCCAGCUAUCCCCGGGCGGGGACCGCCAAUUCCACCUCCCGGAGGUGUCAACAACUUGAGGAAAGUGAGCGCGCCUGCAAAGGGCCCUCCACCGCCGAUAGGGAAGAAGCCGCCUCCGCUGCCUACAUCUCGGAAGCCGUCCUCAACAGGCAAGCCGCCUUCUGCCCCGGCGCCACCUCCCCCGCCGCCGCCGCCCGCAGCGUCCGCGCCGACACCUGCUGCACCACCACCUCCUCCGCCGCCAGCGUCUGCCCCGAGCCUGCCAGCAGCGCCGCCGCCACCUCCUCCUUCGGCAGCUCCCCCACGUCCGAAUCCUUCGCCCGUUCCUCGAACACAGCCUCCGCCUCCUCCUCCUCCCCCGCCUCCGGCUUCCAACGCAGCGUCGGCCCCGUCGCUUGCCGUGCAAGCUGCCAUUCGGGCAGCCGAGCAUUCCACCCCAAGCGCUCCGCCACCUCCUCCACCCCCUAACGCAGCGCCAACUCCUCCGACACCGACUUCUCCACCUCCGCCGCCAGUGUCGCGAACCAGAGGAUCUUCUCUCCGACAGUCGAUGCUGGAUCCGAGCGCGUUCACCCUGUCUUCUAAUGGCGCCAAGUCACCGAGUCCGAGCCGACAACCGUCGCACUCUCCAACUCUGAGCGGUGGUGGCUAUGGCGGCAGCGGUGGCGGUGGAGGUGGCGACCGCUUCGUCGUCAACGACUCAAGGUGGCAGUUCAAGUCCGAGAGCUUGUUCCCCAAGCCGCGAGACUUUGUCGGUGGUCCGAAGAAGUAUCGCGCCGGCAGGGGAAGCAGCGUGCCGUUGGAUUUACAUGCGCUGUAA